AUGACAAGUCGACGUUCUAUUAUGAUCGAGGCGAUAACGCCUCCGAAGCUCAAGGAUAUUUGCAUACCGAAACGGUUAACUAGGGAUCAGAUACUGGCAAAGAAACAUAGGGUACUUUUUAACUUCAUUUAAAGCUAGUUCACAGGGAAAAUUGCAAUUAUGUAAAAAAAUUUUACUAUCACUUUUUCUAUCCUCGUAUAUUUAAAAUGGAUGAGAAUGCUGAUGGAAAAAAAAAGAAUACUAAGGAAUUACUUCAAAAAUUAAUAAAAAAAAACUAUAUAUUGAAAAAUUGAUAUAUGAGAAAGUUAGAUAUAAAAAAUCCAAUUUUAUUUCAGAUUGGCCCACAAUUAAUGAAGAAAAUUGAACAAGAAGCUGAGUUAAGACGAACCAAAACACUUCGAGCCGCUUUGGAGCAGGAAAAGAGAAAAAAGCUCGAAAGGUUAAAGCGAAGGGAAAAAGAAAAGCGGCUGCGCAAGGCUGCAGAGGCUGCAGAAAAAAAAAACGAGUGAGUUCAUCACAACGACUUGAAUUGAAACUGCUUCGGACUUUUCAUCGAUCUGAAAUUUGAUUUGUUACAGGGGCACUGUCACUAUGAGGACAACAUCUCACUGCUCGAUCGUCCUUCAGCCAGUGGACACCAACGCGGCCAUCACGCUCAAGAAGCCUCUUAGCACAGUCGAGAUCAUGCCGAAGCCAGAAAAACCCAAGAAGCCGGAGGAUGGGCCCACCCGCAAACGGCCUCACAGUGCAAUGAAGAUCCAGGGAGCCCACGCCACCAAACAGCAGUUCUCGAAGAGUUGCGAGCAGUCUUUCGAAUCGCGUAACAUCCAAUCAACCUUCGGAGGCAAUCCCAAGCUCACCGAGAAUAAGUCGGCGCUUGAUCGACCUUGCAAAACGGAAAAGGUCCAGCCGAUCAGUGUGAACAAACCGGAGCUCCCAAAUAAAAAACCAAUGCUCGAGCAACUUCAACCUGCGGUCAAGAACCCUCCGAUCACGUACAACAAAGGCAAAGCGCUGGUGAAUGAGCAUGAGCUCAAGUCUCCCUGCAAAACGAACAAGAUCGAAUACGAAACCAAGCUGCGAAGGUCGACCACGGUCGUUGAACCGCAGGUGAUUUUUUUGUUCUAUGAUGAUCCUAUAAGAAGCAGUUUUACUUUCGUGUUAAAAAACUUGCGUUAAUUGCGAAGUAGAAAUCAAAAACUAAAUUGGAAACAUUUUCAGGCUUCUGCAGUUGCAGCCAUCAAGGCGAUCGACCAAGUCCAAGUUCCAGAUCUAGUACAUGCAGCUCCACCCGCUCCAUUUCGAGGUCUCGGUCGGCCUAACAUUGGAAACGAUCGCAGCUUAUACUGUUAUGGAGGCACUAUGUUACACGAGCCUCGUGAGCUAUUUUCUCUAUUAAUUCCUAUAAAUUUGAGGAAAAGAUCUCCUUUCUUUUUAAAUUCUGGCUGAAGUUUUUGUAAUUCUAGCUGUUUUAAGGUGUUUUCCGAACGCAAAACGAAGUUUUCUUUCAUUUUGAAAACUGAAUCUAGAAUGAGUAUCAUUUCCUCAAAAUGACAUCGAAAUGAUCAGUACCACGCAACGUUUUUUUCAGUUUCCGAACGUCUGCAGACGAUAUAUGGAGCUUGCAUGUUCAAUGGAAAAAUGGCCACGCAGUGAGUUUCACUCCGUUGUUUUUGAAGGGUCAUUUUCGUCGCUUUCAGCUGUCAAAACUGCGCUUACUUCCCUGUACACUUGAACCCCAAUCGUGAUCAAAUCAUUGAGAACGAAUCCUCGCUCGAGCCGACCACGGUCAAUAAACCGCAGGUUAUUUUCUCGUUAUAUGAUGAUCUAGACCCUAUAAGAAGUAGUUUUACUUUUAUGUUAAAGAACUUGCAUUAAUUGCAAGAUAGAAAUGAAAAAACUAAAAUGGAAACAUUUUCAGGCUUCUGGAGUUGCAGUCAAUCAUCAAUUGGGCCAAGUUCAAGAUCCGAAUACAGUAAAAGCAGCUCCAUCCGCUCCAGUUCGAGCUCUUGCGCAGGCUGACAUUGACAACCGUCGCAGCAUAUACUGCUAUGGAGGCACUAUGUCACACGAGCCUCGUGAGCUAUUUUCUCUAUUAAUUCCUAUGAAUUUGAGAAUAGACCUCUUUUUUUUUGUACUUCUAGCUGUUUUAAGGUGUUUUCCGAACGCAAAACGAAGUUUUCUUUCAUUUUGUAAAUAGAAUCUAGAACGAGUAUCUUUCCUUCAAAAUGACAUCAAAAUGAUCAGUACCACGCAACGUUUUUUCAGUUUCCAAAUUGCUGCAGACGAAAUAUCCGCCUUUCAUGUUCAGGGGAAAGAUGGCCACUAGGUGAGUUUAACUCCGUUGUUUUUGAAGGGUCAUUUUCGUCGCUUUCAGCUGUCAAAAAUGCAUCUUUUUCCCCCUAUACUUGAACCCCGGAUGUGAUCAAAUAGUUGAAAAUGAAUUCUCGAUCGAGCGGCCUUACACAACGGACCCGAUCCAGUCGGCCAAAAUCGAUGAACCGCAGGUAAUUUUUUCAUUCUUACAAGAUCUAGAUCAUAAAAGCAGUAAUUCUUCAUUUAUGUUGAAGAACUCGCUUUGAUUGCAAAAUAAUGAAAUCAAAAAUGAAUUGGAAACGUUUUCAGGCUUCUACAGUUCCAGCCCUCAAUCAAAUCGACCAAAUCCAAGCUCAGAAUCCAGCACAAGCAGCUCCACCCGCUCCAGUUCGAGCCCUUGCGCAGGCUGUCGUUGAACUCGACCACUACGUAUCCUGCCCAGGAAAAGCUCAUUCCCAUAAGCCGAGUGAGAUAUUCUUUCCAUCAAUGAACAUAGAGUUGUGAAAGAGAUCUAUACACUAUUUUGAGCUCUAGCUAAAGUUUUCCGAAUUCUAGGUGUCUUAUGGCGACUUCAACACAAAAAGUGAAUUUUUUUCCUAUCUUAGAUAAAAUCUCAAACGAGUAGCAUCAUCUUAAAAUUACAUCGAAGUGAUCAAUACCUUACAUUUUUUUCCAGUUUACGGGAAAUUGGAGAAGAACAUCCCCAGAAAGAGGUGGAAUGGAAAGCUGGUCACCAAGUGAGUUCUACUCUGUUAUUUUCAAAUGAUCAAGUCCGACUUUUUCAGCUGUCGAAAAUGUGGAUUUUUCCCUGUAUACUUACUCCCAUAUUGUGAAGCAAGCGGGCCGCUCGUCAAGGUUCCUGGAGCUGUAUCUGUUCUUGAACCGAAUAAGGACAGUUCCACUUCUCGUCAUCACUUUGGUCAAGUUAAAAGGGCCCUGAAACGUGCAAGAAGCCCUUCCUUCGAUGAAGAGUAAUGUAUUGAUUCUUGCUGUGCUUCCCACCAUCUUCGAAAAUUCUCAGAUCGUUUUAAGAAAGAUUAAUUUUUAUGACCUGUUUGUUUUGUGCGACAAUACUUUUACUCACCCUAUAACACUGAUUUUUGUACAGACCCCAGUAAUAAUAUAUUUUAUCGAAUUUUUGUUCGAGUGAUUGCCAUUGUCUCUUACCGACCUUACUGAUUUUUGCGGGUUCCGCUUAUACCAAUACGUGUCUCAGUCUUAGAAAGUUUUAUCCGAUGCUUCGUUUUAUAUUUCUGGUUUUAAAUACAUGUUCUUACGUAUAUCUAUUUCGGGUUUUUAUGAGAAUGGGAAAGCUAUAAAUUGUUGAAACGUCGUUUUCUCUGUUUUCUCUGAAAAAGAAUCGAAGAGAUUUCAUUAAGUUCGUUUGUUUCUGAGGCGAUAUUCUAAACUACAGGGUGACAAGGUUUUUUAUCAGUAAUUUCCGUAAAAAUCAAUUUAGUUUGAUCAAGUUUGGCACUCAAUUACAGUAGGGCAAAUUGAACAACUCGUGAAAAUUUUUCUAAAUUCGAACAAUAUAUGUAAGAAUGGCGACCUUCAGUACCCAGUCGUAUGCGCGGUGGUUUGGUAUGAAAAUCCAGCCGAAUCUCUAAGAAUAGAUAACAAUGGGAACUCAAACUUUUUGACAAUGUAAUAGAGACCAUGUUCGUAGAAAGUUGUUGACAGCGAUUUGACACAAAGUUAAUUUGAAUGAAGUCAGCCUAGUCCGCGUCCUCAAAAAAUUGACGAAUUGAGUUUAAGACCAGGUUUUUCUUAUAAACUUUAAAUGUUCUUUUUUAGAGUACUGAAAAAAACGGUUUUUUUAAUAACCAUCAGUAUGCAUUAGGAAACGGUAAACAAGAAUAUUACACAAAAUUCAAUUAAUGCAUGGUUAUUGAAAUUCGCAGGAAUUGAAGAAGCAACUUUGUGACGACUUCAUCAUAAAAUCGACAAGAUUAUUGAAGCGAAUUCCGCACCAGCAAGAAGGUUUCAAAAAGAUUCUUGGUUUUUUGAAAAGCCGGCUUGAGCUGAUCUGAAUGAGUGAGUGAGACAGGUCAGAUUAUUAAAGACAUUUUGUAUGGAAGAUUUGAGAAAAUUACCUAAAGCCUUUUUCUAUCAGUAGAAGUGUCUGAAAGUGUGUAGUUUGCUCACAUUCGAAAACUAAUUGUCGACACAAACAACACGACGUCAGAGGUCACUCACAGCUCCAAAAAACUCGGUCGCCUGCGCGAUGGCGGGCGAGAGAGUGAAGAGGACGAGAAGGUCCGUACGACAGAGUCAUCGAUUCGAUUGGCCAACCGAACUGUUUCUCGAGCCCGCGAACCGAUACGCGUGGACGGUGUAUACACGGCGCGGUCAGGUGCACGGUCCCCUUCCUCAUUUUUGCUCAUCUUUUUUCCUUGUUCGAUGGUUCAAAGCUGUCCCUUUUCAUAUCUGCUUCCUUCAAAAGUCUGAUUAGUCUUUCGAUCACUAUCAGAACCAUGCCGUGCUACAGCUUUCUACAAACAUUUCAGCGGCUUACUUCUUUUUCGAAAAUUUCAUUUUUCAACCCCUGAAAGGUUCUUCUACGCUUUUCUCCAAAAUAUCUUGUUUUUUCCAAUUUUUCUUUUGUAAUCUCUUUUUUUCGAGGUGUCAAGCAACGAUGACAAAAACGCGAAGGUCUGCGAUCUUGAUCCCAGCACUAUUACACAAGACUGUCCCAGUGGAGCGGCCACCAAACAGAAAAAGUUUCAUGAGGGCCCCUGCAAGACAAAAACUGGUAAAUUUUUAUGUCGUUGGAAAAUAACUCAUAGGAAAAGUUACAAUGAAGUUUUGAUAAAUUUAACGUUCACAGAACGUUAAAUUUAUCAAAACCUCUUUUUGUGAAAAUAAUACUGCUUGAGAAAAAAUAAUACUAAGAAAAAGAAAAAUUUUAAAAAAUUAAGUUUUAGAUUAGCUACUACAUGAAGCGCAAGUUUGAACGAGAGGCCAUCGAAAGACGGACCAAGAUAGCUCGAGCCGCUUUGGAGGAGGAGAAGAAAAGAAAGCUCGGACGGUCAAAGCAAAGGGAACAGGACAGGCGGCUGCGCAAGGCUGCAGAGGCUGCAGAAAAGAAAAACGAGUGAGUUCAUCACAACGAGUUGAACUAAAACUGCUUCGGACUUUUCAUUGAUCUGAAAUUUGAUUUGUUACAGGGGCACUGUCACUAUGAGGACAACGUCUCACUGCUCGAUCGUCCUUCAGCCAGUGGACACCAACGCGUCCAUCACGCUCAAGAAGCCUCUUAGCACAGUCGAGAUCAUGCCGAAGCCAGAAAAACCCAAGAAGCCGGAGGAUGGGCCCACCCGCAAGCUGCCUCAUAGCACAAUGAAUAUUCAGAAAGCCCACGUCACCGAACAGAAGUACUCGGACAGUUACGAGCAGUUUUGCAAAAUUUGCAACAUCCAGCCAAUGUUUAAAAAUGAUUCUACGCUCGAGCAGCCAAGCGAUCAUGAGCUCAGAAUCAAGCUCCCAAAAAAUAUAUCCAGGUACAAGGAACCUCACCCUGCGGUCAAGAACCCUCCGAUCACGAAGACCAAAGUCAAGGCGCCGGUGAAGGAGCAUGAGCUCAAGUCUCCCUGCAAAACAGACAAGAUCCAGUCAAAGUUCGGAGACAAAUCCAAGCUCACGGAGAAUGAGUCCGUGCUCGAGCGGCCUUUCAAAACGGGCAAAAUUCAGUCAAGUCUUGACCCCCUACUGAAGCUCCCAAAGGAUAAAUUUACGCUAAAAGGACCUCACAAAAUCCAAGUUCCUCCAAUCACGCUCAAGGUGUCGGAUAAUGAGCCUACGCUCCAGUUCUCCUGCAAAACGGACAAGAUCCAGCCAAUCAAUAAUAACAGACCGCAGCUCUCGAAGAAUCCAUCCAUGUACAAGGGGCCUCACCCCGAGAUCCCUCCAACCACAGAGGACCUGGAGGAUGAGCCUACGUACAAACCGCCUCAAAACACAGUGACGGACUGGGAAGCCGAUUUCGCAUGCUUUUACCACUGUUUGAAGACGAAGUUCAUGGCUGCAAACAUACAGAAUAUGCCGCAAAAGUCUCAGGUCGAGCAGAUUUGCUUAAAUGGAAGCAAACUAAAAGCUCCAAAUGAGUCCGAACUCGAGCAGCUCAUCAACAGUGUUAAGAUGCUUGAAAUACCAGAGAAUGAAGACACCGUGCCCAAAAAGGGUUCUAAGGUAAUUUUUUCUUCUCAUUGAUAACUUAAUAGGAAGUAACUCUCCUUUGAUGUACUAUCUUUAUACAUUACUGAAAAAGUUGAAUUGAAAACUAAUAUGGAAACUUUCAGGCUUCUGCAGUUGCAGCCAUCCAUCGAAUCGACCAAGUCCAAGCUCAGGAUCCAUUAAAAGCAGCUCCACCCGCUCCAGUUCCAGUUCUUGCCCAGGCCGACAUUGGACAAGAUCGCAACUUAUACUGCCCUGGAGGCACUAUGUUACACGAGCCCAGUGAGCUAUUUUUACCAAUCAAUAGUUAUAAAUAUGUGAAAAUACCAAUGAAUUUUUUUGAGUUCUAGUCGGAGUGUCUGAAUGCUUCAACCUGUCGAAAUUUUUAAAAAAAUUCAAAGUGCCGAUUAAAACCAUGAACUUUUUUGUUAUGCUACUUGUACGUUUUGUUUCUUUCGAAAACCGUGUGCAUGUCGAACCUUUCAGAAAGUUUUGAGAAAACUAUAAGAGCUGUCGAACCAACUUCAAUGUAAUUUCAGAAAUUUUUUGCUUCUUUAUAUACAAUCUAGAAUGAGAAACUUUACCUAAAAAUGACAUCAAAGUUAUCAAUACCAUACGAGGUUUUUUUUUCAGUUUCCAAUAAGCUGCAGAAGGGCAUGCACAUCAUGAAGUGCAAUGGGAAGAUGGCCACGUAGUGAGUUCACCUCUGUUAUUUUCAAAGAACUAUUUUUGUCUUUUCCAGUUGUCGGAACUGUGGAUACUUUCCUCUUUACACGCAUGCUGUUCGUGAAACAAGUAAGCCACUUGUGAAGUUGCCGGCGGCCAAACAAGACGAUUCCGCUUCUUGUCAGAAAACUACAAGCGGCCCGAAACGUACGAAGGACACUUCCUCAGAUGAAGAAUGA